AUGUCUUUAGUUGUCGCUGAACAAGGUUCCUUCCAACACAUUUUACGUUUGUUGAACACUAACGUCGAUGGUAACAUCAAGAUCGUUUACGCUUUGACCUACAUCAAGGGUGUUGGUCGUCGUUACGCUAACUUGGUCUGUAAGAAGGCUGAUGUUGAUUUGAACAAGAGAGCCGGUGAAUUGACCCAAGAAGAAUUGGAAAGAGUUGUUCAAAUUAUGCAAAACCCAACCAACUUCAAGAUCCCAGCUUGGUUCUUGAACAGACAAAAGGAUGUCAACGACGGUAAGGACUACCACUCUUUGGCUAACAACAUCGAAUCCAAAUUAAGAGAUGAUUUGGAAAGAUUAAAGAAGAUCAGAGCUCACAGAGGUAUCAGACACUUCUGGGGUUUGCGUGUUAGAGGUCAACAUACCAAAACCACCGGUAGAAGAAGAGCUUAA